CGGACAAUUUAAAAUGUGUCUUCGUCAGCAAAACAGCACAGUUUCAAACUAUAACAAUAAUGACUCAAUAUUGUUAAUUAUAUUAUUGGAUCAGUGGAAGAAUAUUGUAUUGUAUUUGGCAGAACAAUCGGCACUGUGCAUAUGUUCGUUUGAGGAUAAGUCUAUUCAAACAGCGAGAUUUGUUUUUAAAUUUAAUUCCGGAGUGGUGUCAUCUCGCGAAAGAUGGAAGUUGGCGAUUUAGAAAAUGCGUUACCAGAUUAUGUUGAACCAAGUGUACAUGUGGAGAUUUGUCAAAAUCCCUGUAGCACUUUGACGGCAGCUAUUAUCAAAGAGCAUGUGAUGCAGUUGUUACACCAACAUAGAACAGCGUAUGGUGACUUUAUAUUGACUGAAUUUGAUGAUCCAAUUCUUAUAAAACAUGUCAAGUCAGUUGCAAUAUGUGAUACAGAUUUGAGCAAACUAGGAAAACAGGCAAUAGAUUUAUGCCAUACACAGUUAGAUCUUCAUGUAUUUCAAUUGCAAGAAGAUGGGGCUGCCUCGGAAGAAUUGGAUGAUGACAAUUUAUCUGCAGCUAGCCAUUGGAUUUUACCAGCAGUUGAAUUCCAUGGGAUGUGGGAAAAUUUAAUAUUUGAUUCCAGUGUGAAGGAAGAUCUGCUGUAUAGCUAUGGCCAACUGAUUGAAAUUAAUAGUCAUAGUUUAUUUUCUAAAUGGUUUUCAGAGAGUGGUAAAUUAGUGAUGAAGAUGUUUCAAAAAAUUCAAGAAUUCAUAGACAACCAGGAUGCUCUUAUAUGUGUUCUCAUUGAUGAGGUUGAAAGUUUAACUGCUGCAAGGAAGAGUUCAAUGAGUGGUGCCGAGCCGUCAGACGCUAUCAGAGUUGUUAAUGCGUUACUAACGCAAAUAGAUCAAAUCAAAAAGCAUCCUAAUGUGAUUAUAUUAACGACAUCCAAUGUGACCGGUGCUAUAGAUCUUGCGUUUGUGGAUAGAGCUGAUAUCAAACAAUACAUUGGUCAUCCCUCGCCAGCAGCUGUAUUCAAAAUAUACCAUUCAUGUCUGUGUGAACUGAUGAGAAAACGUAUUAUCCAACCACUUCAGCAGUUGUUAGAUCUCAGAGCACUGGAAGUCAUGGAAUUUAAAGAAAAUGAUGCUACCAAACUUAGCAUGAGACUCUGGGAAAUUGCCAAUCAAAGUCAUGGUCUCAGUGGAAGAACACUAAGGAAGCUGCCUUUCUUAGCCCAUGCCUUGUACAUACAGACUCGUACAGUUUCUCUAAAGGACUACUUAGCUGCAUUAUCUGAAGUUGUUAAAAGACAGUUUGAAGAGAGGGGACAUUUGGAGUCUAGUUAGAAAUAUUGUAGUUGAGUUAGUUUUCUCCUCAUAACACACGUCAUGGGUUACCGCUAAUACAUAUGCAUGUAUUCAAGAGCAAUUCUUUGUAUAUUCCACAAUAUGGAAUUUAUUUUUGCUAUUUUCGCUGAAGGCAUGCUUCAGUGAAAAUAAAAUCUAGCGAAUAUACCUUUUUCCCUAUAUUUCACAUUCAACUCAUCAAAAAUCAGUGAAAAUAAAUUCCAUACAAAACACCCAAAAAGCCUUUUCAACGAAAAUUAAUUCCAGCUAAAAUAAAGUAUUUUACAGUACCUGUAUGUCUCCAUUCUAACCAUGUUCCAAACAUAUAUUUUGGGAUACGAAAUAAGCUGAGAGCAAGAUAUUGGCACAGGCAAAUUGCUCUUGAUACCUGACUUAGUAUAGUACUGUAAACUUAUUCUAUUAAAUCCAAUUUAAGUACCGUAGAUGCUCUUUUCACUUUUAAUAGACAUUACCUCUAACUACAUCUGACAAAUAACAGAUACAAAUCUUGUUCACGUCUAGUGGGAUCAGCAAUCAAUUAAUUUAAUCCAAUCACUGUAAAUCAUUUAUUUUCGCUGCCAGAAAUCCGAUACCAGAAUACCCUGGAAUAUAGCCUGGAAUCCAGUCAUUCAGUGUGCCCUUCUCAAUGCACUCAAGCCUGGUGAAUUGCUACGUAAAUACAUAGAUGGAAAAGAAUUUUGUGUCAUCACUGAUUGGCUGUCACCAUGACUUCAGUAUAUUGCCAUGGAAACUCGCAUACUCAGACUGACCUGUACACUAGUCUCUCCAGACUCUCUAGUUUAUUAUUCAUACAUUUUUCACGAUAAUAGACCGCAUCACGGCUACCUUGAAUAUUGAACAAAAGUUAAAUAUAACAAGAUUUCUUGAUUUUCUUCACUCAUGAAAUUAAAGUAGCCUACAGUAUUAUAAUCUAGGUCAUUGAGUUCAAUAGUUGAGAAUGUCAAGAGGUCAUUUCUAAUCAAAACAUUAUUCAAAGCCACUUGUCGUGAACAUGUACUGAGACCUAAUCAGUUCUCAACACCUCGCAAUAUAAUCAUCUGUGAGAAAGAAUUUGAUAUGUGAUCCUUUAUAUCUGGAUGAGUAUGUAUUUCAGUGAGAUUACAAGCUGGCUACAUUUUAACUGACCAUCUGAAUAAAAUGAUUGUAAUAAAAACAAACUGUUAAAUAAU